UUUCCUCUGUUCUCCUUUUGUGCGCUGUUACAGAAACAGGAAGUUUUUUUAAACCAAAAGACAAUUACAAGCGCUCUCAGACCAGUGACUGAUACGAGAUCAAAUAGAGGUCUGAUUGAAACUUGGCUAAUUUAAUUUUCACCAUGGAGCUAUACGAGGAAGCAGUAGGCUACCUAAAAGACGUGGAUAUUUCUGUGGAAUCAACUGGAAUAUCAGUGGAAUCAAGUGCAAUAUCGUCGCAGCUGUUGGAAGAUGUGUUCGCAGAGGAAGAUUUUCUUCAGAGCCCAAUGCGAAAAGAGAGCUUCUCGCUUCCAGAUGUUGGAUCUAGACAUGGCAGAAGCACAUCCGAGAACAUGCUGGAGAGGAGACUGGCGGUGCUCAGAGGUAUCUUGGCCAGCGAAGAGCGUUACCUGAAUGAACUGGAAACAUUGUUGAUGCCCAUGAAGGCCCUCAAAGCCACAGCAGGGACCUCCCAGCCGGUGCUGUCCUGCCAGGAGAUCCAGACGGUCUUCUUCCAGGUCCCAGAGCUGCUGGCCCUCCACAGAGACUUCCACCAGGCCCUCAAGGAACGCCUGGAGGGGGCCACAGGUGCGGAAGAGGAGAGUGAGACCCUCUACAGAGACCCUCUACAGAAUCUACAGACCCUCUCCAUGGAACAGGAGGAGGAACAGGAGCCAGUGGCAGAGCCAGACAAAGAUCAUCAUCUGUUGACUGUGGGAGACCUCUUCCAGAGGCUGGUUAGCCAGUUGGCCACAUAUGGUGGCUUCAUUGAUAACUAUGAGAAUGCGGUGGAGGUGGUGAGGAGGUGCACUCAGGCCGAUCUGAGGUUCAGAACACUAGCAGAGAGCAUGAAAUCAAGGAAAGCCUCGGACAGCUCCACGUCUGAAUACACAUUUGAAGCACUCUUGUACAAGCCCCUGGACCGUGUGACCAAGACCACCCUUGUGCUGCAUGACCUGCUGAGCCACACCCCUGCUGAUCACUACGAUGCCCCACUCCUACAGGAAGCUCUCCGCAUCUCCAGCAGCUUCCUGUCCGGUGUCAAUGAGCCGUCACACUGUAAGAAAGCCGUCACACUGUCCAAGGGGAUGAGACGGCAAUUGGUGCUUGAUGGCUUUGUGGUGUGUUUGUGUGAGAACGGGAGGAGCCUGCGUCAUCUUUUCCUCUACACUGACUUGCUGCUGUGUGUCAAGUUUAAAGGGGGUACGUUGGGGAGGCACUCCCAGUACCGCUACUGCUGGCACAUGCCCCUGUUUGGCCUGCAGCUCCACUGGGCAGGAGAGCUGGACUACCAGCCUGACAUGCAGCAGCGUAUCAGCACCAUGAAGGCCAAGAUGUACCAGCUCUGUCAGGCUCUCAGACAACAGAGGCGAGGCUCGCAUUCCCGCUUUGUGGAUCGCAUCCGAAAGAGGCUCCAAGAGUGUGAGCUUUGGCUUCUGACACACUCACCAAACCUCAGCCUGGAACUCCACAGCACGAGUGGCAAGAGUCACACUGUUCUGAUGUCGUCCCUGUAUGAGCUGGAGGAAUGGAGGGAGCCCAUCGACAGACUCAUAGGAGACAAUACAGACACAGUUCCCCCAGAUCUGCUCACUCUCACCAACUCUUGUGUGAAGCUCAGAAUGACUCAACAGCCAAACCUACAAAGCCUUUUGCCUGGUGGUGCGGGCCAGUCUCUCUGUGGUACGCUCAGUGUGGUGGUGCACUCCGCUUGUGGUCUGCAGCAACCUGCUUGUAUGUGGGUGCGUGUGGAGGUAGAUGGGUUUGAUUUCUUCAGCACUAGUGAGCAGACUCACUCCUCUCUAAGCAGCCGAGAACCUCAGUGGAACCAGGAGCUCUCGUUCCAGGUGGAUGGAGCUAAGAAUCUGAGAGUAGUGUGUAUCACCCAAUCGCAAAAGGGCCCAGACGACACGGUAGUGGCCCGAGGCUCUCUCAAGCUCGAUCCAAGCAUCACGCAGAAGUGGAAGAAGCUGAGCCUAACCAUGGGCCAUCUGCAUCUCACCUUAUCAAUCAAAUACUCACCACAUCCGCUGGGCCCCCCCAGCUCCACCAUCGCCCAACCCCUGCCAGUCUUCUGUGUUCCUAUCGGAGUUGUGGCACAGCAGGAGGGGGUUCUUGUUCCCCAUGUGGUACGCUGGUGUGCGGAGGAGGUGGAGCGGAGAGGAUUGGGAGAGGAGGGCAUCUAUAGGACGUCUGGCUCAGCAAAGGAAAUUCAACUCCUUAAACACUCAUUUAACACAAAUCUGAGGGAGGCUCUGAAAGAGGUGCGGUCUGCUGAGGUCAAUGUGGUAUCUGGGACUUUAAAACUCUACUUCAGGGACCUUCCAGAGGCAUUGGUCCCUGCAGAUCUUUACAAGAGUCUUAAGAACGCACUGGAUCUCCCUGACCUGGUCUCCAAACAGGGUGCCUUGUUAAACAUUUUGGGGUUGUGCCCGGCUGCCAACCGGAAUACUCUUCUCUACCUGUUUCACCAUCUCAAGAGGGUGUCAGAGAAGAUGGAGGUAAAUAAAAUGUCUGUGAUGAAUCUGGCGACAGUGUUCGGGCCAAGUCUCUUGCGUCCCCCUGUCCCUCAAAUAGACAUCUCCGAGGAAGUGGUGGUGCAGGUGCAAGUGGUGUUCUUUUACCUGCAGUGCAAUGACCUACCCACACCUCUUUUGACUCUGCCACUGGACACUGAGGAUGAACAGGAUACUGCCAUGUAAACUAGAAUUCAAACCGGACUGAGGUGUGCUUUUGUGUUGUAUACAGUCCUUGUAUUUAUUAAUUACUGUCCUGUAAUUACAUUUCAAAUUACAAAACUAGGCCUAUAUUUUGUAUUUUAAGUUGGCUCAUUUGUUUUGUUACACUUACUGUAUAUUCUAUUCUAUUAACAUGUGUUGUUGUUUCUCUAGUAACAUGUUGCAUUAUGAACGAUUAAACAGUUUCAACUAAAAUUUCUCUUCUGACAGUCAUGUAACUGAGGUACACACAAAUACAACUAAAAUCUGAGCAUACGCUAUAGAAAUUACACAGUUAUCAUUGGUCAACA